AAGGUCAUCUUAGUCCUUAAAGGGUCAUUAUUGGCCAUUGGUUGCAUAAUAGAGGAUACGCUGGCUGUGUUUCUUUUAGAGACUAGACACUGUAAUGUAGUCUACCUUCUGUUAAAUCCUGAUCAAUAAUUGAGUAUGGUAAUAUCAAUUUACUGUUUGCCUGUUUUAGCUGUUGCCAUGGUACGAGCUCAUCUUUUAUUAACCAUACUGGUGUCUAGUUUGUGUACUCGGGGUAUUUUCAGCUCAUUUUGACACGUGAAUGGGGAUAUUAUUGUUUGAAAAUUACACACCGUGAUGGCUUAGGCUGAAAAAGCACCUCUGGCCUUUUUUAAGAAUGAGAGGAAACAUGUGAGGCAUUCUUGGAUUUCAAUGGAGAUGCCAAAACUAAAAGAGGACAAAGAAAAGGCUGGUAAAACCGUGCGGUUCAGAGUAGCAUCUGCCAACAGUGGCCGGGUCCUGACAGAGGUGUUCAAGGAUGAAACAGCCUGGAGCAGCUCAGUGUCGGACUCAGUGGACUCUGACUGCACCAGCAGUCCAGAGACAGAACAAGGGAGUUCACCCCCAACCAGCGAGGCCAACAGUCACCUGAACGGUCUGAUGGUGGUGGGAUCUGCUCAGGAGGAGAACAGCGGUGAACAUGAUGACCUGCUUCUGUACGCCAGUGCCAAGAGAGAGAUGGUCUUCAGCAACAAGCGGAUCAAUAUCUGCAGCAAGAACGGGACCAUUCGAGGAGUGAGGAACAAAGUGAGCGCAGGCCAAGUUCUCUUCAACAACCUUUCCAACAUGUACUCAGGUUCCCUUCGUCCACAGAAAAGGAGACCGUGGGAAAAGGAGUAAACAAUCUGCAGCAGUUUCACAGUUUGGUCGACAUGAAGAAUCAGCUCGGAUGGAGAUUAUCCUACAGUUGGUACAAGCCACUGAAGCCAGUACUCACCGCUGAAUUUAAACUCACUAAAUCUGAUUAAACAAACUCAUCAGUGA